AUGACGCCUGGCAGUAGAUACUUCAGGGUCACUGAUGGUGGAUUAUCUGCAGAAACUUCAGAUAUUGAAUACACUCAAUCGUUGUCAGCGCCUAGACGAACAGUCCAAAGCGACAAUUUUGAUAUUCCGAAGACGACUGCCAGUCACUGCAAUUACGUACCAGAAUACGAUGUUAGUCAAAAACUUGAAGAUUUUGUGGUCAACAGCACUCCCCGUCAAUUUAUUAAGCCUAAAUCUGGUCAUUAUACUUUUAGUGUUUCAGCGGUUUCAGCUGUUGUGAGAAACAAAUCCCGUAGCCUACAACUUGCGAAGAAAACUGAUAAUAAAAGUGAAAUGACUAACAGUGUUGUACUAGUUUUAACUGAGGGCAGAGGUUCCGCUCAAGGUGAGAUUGGAUUGGCAGCAAUUGAUUUAAAAAGACCAGUAUUGAUCUUAUGCCAAAUUAGUGAUACUCAAACGUAUAUGAACACAAUUAAUAAAAUAAAUAUUCUUAAUAUUUUAGUUCCAAAUACAUUUAUGGAUCAGAUGCAAGGUACUAUGUUGUACAAUACUAUUAAAAGUCAGUUUCCAUUAAGUGCUAUACUUACUGCAUCUCGUAAACAUUUUUCUGAAAAUGAAGGUAAACUUUACCUAAAAAAUUCUAUUAUACCAGAAUGCAUUUCUACAUUAGAACAGGUGUUGCCAAAAUUUUACGCAGUUUCCGCUGCGGCAGCAUUGUUAAAACACAUUGAGUUUAACCAUAACGUGAUUUUUUCUUCAAGUACUUUGCGAAUAGAAUACGAAGGCGUUGAAAAGUCCAUGUUUAUUGACGCAAAUACGGCCUUGAGAUUAGAACUAGUAUUAAAUUGUUCAUUAAAUGCCAAAAAUACACUGUUUGAUGUAUUAAACCGGUGCGCUACUAUUGGAGGUCAAAGAAGACUCCGAUCUUCUAUCCUACAGCCCUCUAGCGAUAUUCUGUUGAUACAUAAUCGCCAAGAAGCUGUAGAAGAAAUUAUAAGCAGCCCAGAACAAAACUUUAUUUUACUUAAAAACGUAAUUCAAAAAUUCACUGACGUUGAACAGCUGUAUUGGUUAUGUACAAAAGUUUCUAAAAAUACUCAACAGUUAUCUAAAUUGCAAGGAAAUUAUACUUUGUUGUUAAAAACUACGUUAGAAGCAUUGCCAGCCCUUGUGGAUAUUUUAGAACCAUUCAAAUCUGAAUACAUUUCUUCUAUACGCGAGACAUUAUCCAAUUCUGGAUAUUCAAAAAUGUUAGAAAUAAUUGAGAUAACUAUAAAUAAAGAGUCUACUAGAUCAAAAGGAUUUUCACAAUCUCAGUUUCAAAGAUGUUUUGCUGUUAAAUCCAAUUUAAAUCCUUUACUAGAUGUUGCUCGGACUAUUUAUAGUGAAUUAAUUGAAGAAUUCCAUGAUAAAGUAAAACUUUUAGGUGAACAAUUAGAAACAGAAUAUUUGUUUCCACAAAAUUCAUGUAAAAGAGGUUUUCAUGUCCAAGUUGAAUUAAAGAAUAUUAAAAAUUUCAAUGUCAAACACCCUCCGAGCAUAUGUAAAAAUGUUGAAUGCGUAAAAAAUAUUGUGAAAUUUACAACAGAAGAUUUAUUAGUACUAAAUAUCCGUAUUACUCAAGCGUUAAAUGAAGUGGAAAUAUUGACUAAUGCAAUAUUAAAUGAAAUGCUAAAAGAGCUUAGAAAGUAUAUUAGUUGUAUAUAUGAUCUGUGUAAUGGUAUUGCCGAUUUAGACUUAAUAUUUUCAUUCGCUCAAUAUAGUAUGCGUUCAGGAUUAACUAGACCAAAAUUUGGACAAUACAUGGAUAUCAAAAGUUCUAGACAUCCAAUAUUAGAUUUCAUUAAUUCAGUUGUACCAGUUGAAAACGAUAUUUUUGCUUCAACCGAUAGGAAUUUAAAUAUCAUCACUGGACCUAAUAUGGGCGGGAAAAGCAUUUAUAUACGUCAAGUGGCAUUAUUGCAAAUUAUUGCUCAAAUCGGAUGUUUUGUACCGGCAACAUUUGCUCAAUUUCGUAUAUGCGAUCGGUUGUUUACGAGAAUUGGUUUUGGAGACAGCAUAGAAUCGAAUGCGUCCACUUGGGUUUUAGAGAUAAAAGAAUUAAAUGGCAUACUUUCUUCACUGACAAAACAUAGUAUAGUCAUUAUUGAUGAAUUAUGUCGAGCUACUUCUUGCGAAGAAGGAUCAACUUUAGCAUGGGCAAUUUGUGAACACAUAAUGCAAUCAUGUGCUUUUAUAUUUUUUGCCACUCACAGUACUUUUAUGACAAAACUUCAAGAUUUAUACUGCAAUGUAUUAAAUUAUCAUAUGGAGGCAUUACCUGCGAGAGAUUCUUCGAAUGGAUUGACUUAUACGUAUAAAUUAUGCCCGGGAGCAACAAAUAUUGAUGACUAUGGAUUAACCUUGGCUAGAGAUGUAAAAAUGCCAGAACAUUUAAUCGAACACGCUACAGAAAUUGAAAAAUGUCUACGUCAAACAAGAACAGUGUUACCAGACAAUCCAUCAAAUGAAGCAGAUUUAAUUUUGGAUAACUGUAUUCAAAAGUUGUUAAGCAUGAAAGAUACAGAAUGUCUAGAUGUAUCCAACUUUCAGUCAGUAGUAUCAGAAAUGAUGAAUAAAUUAAAAGAAAACAGAAGAAAAAAUAUUGAUUCAUUGAUGGAAUGUAUAGAUUCCGAUGAGGAAAUGUAUACUCAAAGAUCUUGUGAUUAUAACACAUCGUCAACAAAUAAUUCUAGAUAAUCAACAGAAAAGCAUGUAUUUUUUUAAACGUUUAAAGUAAUAUGGUUAAAAAAUAUCUUAAUAAUAUU